AUGGACUGGAAGAAAUUAUACGGCGACUACGCCGAAGGAAGGCAAGUGGAGUUUGCUGAUGUUGGAUGUGGUUAUGGCGGUUUGCUUAUGAAGCUGUCGCCCAUGUUUCCGGAGGUCUUAAUGGUUGGCCUUGAAAUACGCGUGAAGGUUUCAGAUUUCGUGCAAGAGAAGAUAAAAGCUUUGCGAAUUCGUGAGGCAGAAACCGGUGGUUAUCGCAACGUAGCAUGUCUCAGAUCAAAUGCCAUGAAGUAUUUGCCGAAUUAUUUUCACAAACAUCAACUUUCGAAAAUCUUCUUUUUGUUUCCUGAUCCACACUUCAAGAAUAAAAAGCACAAAUGGCGAAUUAUAACCCCCGGACUGCUAGCAGAAUAUGCCUACGUUUUACGACCCGGAGGUUGGUUACAUCUGUCCUUUGAAAAGUAA